ACACUGCUCUUUCACAUGACUUCUCUGCAACCCCACAUCCCUCCAAACACACACUCUCUCUCUCUUCUCUCUCUCUCUCUGUCUCUCUUCUGAGCUCUCUGCAACUGCAAAACCCACCAUUGAUUUACCCUCUACCUCAACUUCCCCCCCCUCCCCCUUCCUUUUACCUGCCUUUCUUCCAUUCACUCUCUGUUACUCUCUCCUUAACGUCUCUAAAGGGCCGAGCGCCCCCCCCAACAUAGAAGAUUUUUCCACCUCCCCCACCUUCCCUUUUUCGCCCUCCCGUCUGCUUAUUCUGGCUCUCCCGACCAUGGAAGCUUUUAGCCUCCUCAAGUACUGGCGCGGCGGCGGCGGCGGCGGCGGGGACCCCCGCGCCACUUCCGUCCCGGCCACCACCAUCUUCGCCUCCGCCGUCUCCCACUCCUCCCCUGAGACCGACGACGACGACGACGGCGGGGACGACGGGCCGUUCUUCGACCUGGAGUUUGCCCCUGUCCCCGACGACGAGGACGACGAGGAGAAGCCUGAGGAGGAGGAGAGGCGAAAGCAGGACGAGCCCAGCAACGACGAAGACGACAGUGCCAGUGAAUGCGGAGGUGGCGACGAGGAUGGCGACGACGUGGACAGAGAGUUCGACUUCACGCUCUCUUCUGGGUCGUCCGGGUCGAGCCACGACUGCACGGACGCCAACAUUGCGUCGUCUCUCUCUCCCUCCGACGACCUCUUCUUCAAAGGGAAGCUCGUGCCCAUCGAGCCCUCCGACCCCGACUCCUCCAAGCCUCCGUCGUUUGCCGCCGCCUCCUCGCUGCUGAAGUCUGCCACCAAGUUUCGCGUCUUCAUGUUGGGCCUCAAAAAGCCGAAGCCCAUGAACACGUUCGACAAAUCAGAGAAAGCAGAGACCUCGGAAGAGCCGUGUCUCACCGUCACAACGCCGCCACGGAGAGCGAGAGCUCAAGAACAUAGCAGCAACAAGCAAAGCAGCAGCAGCAGCAGCAACAAGUUCUUCACGGUGAAGUUCAACGCCGACGAAGUGCCGCUCGUCUCUCUCUUCACUCGUGACAACAGCUCGAGGAGCGCCUCCGGCGCGAAGCCGCCGCAGAAACAGGCCUCCGAGGAAGACGCGGCGAGCGGCGACGAGAGACGCUUCGCGAGGGAGGCGAUGCGGCGCUAUCUGAAGAAGGUGAAGCCGUUCUACAUUCGCGUCUCCAAGCGGUACGGCGAGAGGCUGGGACUAUCCGGGCAGAUCGGCCACGCCGUGUUUGACCCGACGGUGGGCGAGAAGAGCCGGUCGAAGGCUUCGGCCGUAGCGGAGGUGCGCAGCGGCGGCCACGGGAGGAGCCAGAGGCAGGGGCAGGGGCAGGGGAAUAGCAGCAUCCCGGCAGGGCUGAGGGUGGUGUGCAAGCACCUUGGGAAGAGCCGCUCGGCCUCGUCGGCCGUCGCCGCAGCGCCGGGAGGGCAGGCCGCAGCGCCGGGAGGGCAGGCCGCGGCGCUGGCGGCGGCUUCGAGGAGGGACGAUUCGCUGCUGCAACAGCAGGAUGGGAUCCAGAGCGCCAUCUUGCAUUGCAAGAGAUCCUUCAAUGCCUCGCGAGGUUUAUUAGACUCGGAGUCGUCGCUGUUGGCGAGGUCAGCGAGCGAUCCGCUGCGGAAGGAUGCGUCCAGAAGCUCGUCGGAGGACGGAAAAUGAAGGCAGAAAGCGCGGGAAAAAGAGGAAAAACCGAAAAAUAAGACAACCGAAUGCAUGAUGCGUGGGCGGGGUUUUCCGAUGUUGGUUGGAAAUCAUUGCCCAAUGAAAGGAGUGGGGGAAGACGAGGAGGGGUUGCGCGACUAAGGAAAUGAUUAGUUUUUCCCCCCAUCGGCCGUCAAACCGUCUGUGUUUUUUUUUCCCUCGACUGUAAAUUUUCCAGGAAAAUAUAAGGGGGAAUUAGGGUUAAGGAUAGAAGAGAUGAAGUGGGUGGGGGGAAGUGAGAGAGAAUCGUAUCGGAUCUUUUGUAUGGGUUCUGCAUUUCGGUAAAUGUGAUCUGGACUGGAGCAUCACUGUCUUGAAUAUAAUAUUGAAUUAGUCGUCUUCGUCU